UGACAUUGGUAAUAGAGAGCUACUCGCUGUCAAACUUGUGUUGGAAGAAUGGAGGCACUGGCUGGAGGGAGCAGAGCAAUCAUUUGCGGUUCAUUUUCCUCCAGUGAUCUCUGUCCACCUGCCUCACUCACCACCUCUCCAGUCUGCCUUCCAUCCACAGCUGUGGUGCCAGUGUGUGAACGCCUCAGUACCUUGUGCUGGGUUUGGGACUGCAGCAACGGGACAAAAGGCAUAAGUGGAGAAAGAGGACGUGAGGCAAAAAAAAAACCCAAAAAACACUGAAACAAGCCAGCAAAAGAGCUGGGAGAACCGGAGGAGACAGCAUGUCGGUUAGAGCUGAAUUUAAGAGACAAACCUGACUGCGGAGGAGACAGAGGCAGACAGAUAGACUGAGAGAUAUAUAGAUUCAUAGCUCACAGGCAGAGAAGAGGCUGAGACACUCACCUGCAGCCAGGCAGGUCGGAAAACUGAUAGACAGCCAGGAGUUCAGUGUACUGGCUAUGGCUGCAGGCCUGCUGCUGCGAGGAUAGAGUUCAGCGCACUGCAACCUCCAAACCUUCAUCCAUCCUCUUCUAACCUGACCCUGACCCCAAAUCUCCACCCAAAAAAGACCCCUCCAUCUCCUCCUUUCGUACUCCUCCUACCCUUAGCCACCACUCUAUCCCCCAAGUCCUGUGUACUGAGCAGUAGCAGUCCCGUGAAGAUUCAGUAAAAGCAUCACACAGACUAGUUACCCGGUCAGCUGUGUGCUCAGAGAACCAGUUUGACUGUACGGCAGUCACCCUCUGCAGAGUUUGACAGACAGCAGCCUUUUAUUCCCGCACAUGGACUGUUGAUGAAGAAAGAUGGCAGUGAGACUGGCAGGCGCCGCCCCUUCCUCUCGGCCACCCUCCCUCCCCCCAGCGGCCGCGGCUCGGACCGGUUAAGGUUUGUCUAUUGGCAUCCAUCGCAGCAUCGGCAACAGCUGGCAGAGCGCGGGAAGGAGCAGUAUGCAGGAAACUGACUUACCGGCCACAAAUGCCUUUAAAGAGUGCAAGUUCCACUGCACCAAUGGGAAUUGUUUGCGUCUGGGCUCGCUGAUCUGCAACCAGCUGAAUAACUGUGGGGACAACAGUGAUGAGGAGAACUGCCCCGUGGUCACCCAGCACCCUCCACCAGGCAUCUUCAACUCUGAACUGGAGUUUGUUCAGAUCGUCAUCAUCAUCGUGGUGAUGACAGUGAUGGUGGUGGUGAUCAUCUGCCUGCUCAACCACUACAAGCUCUCCACCUGGUCCUUCAUAACAAGGCAGAGCCAGGCCCGCAGACACGACCAUGCCCUGCAGCAGGAUGGGUGUCUGUGGCCGUCAGACAGCGGCUCUCGACAAGGUGCCUCGGAGGUAUUAUACGCUCCCCAGGCCAGGGAUCGCUUCACUGCUCCCUCCUUCAUGCAGCGCGACCGCUUCAGCCGCUUCCAGCCCACUUACCCCUACCUGCAGCAUCAGAUCGACCUGCCGCCCACCAUCUCGCUGUCGGACGGUGAGGAGCCCCCGCCGUACCAGGGGCCGUGUACCCUGCAGCUCCGCGACCCCGAGCAACAGAUGGAGCUCAACCGCGAGUCGGUGAGAGCGCCGCCAAACCGGACCAUCUACGACAGUGACUUGAUCGACAUGGGAGGAGGCGGGAGCCUGGGAGGGGUGGGGGGAGGAGGUGGAGGGAUGGGAGGAGGCGGCCCGAGGCCGCCCAGCAGUAACUCGGGCAUCAGUGCGGCCAACUCCAGCAGCCACGGGCGAAUGGAGGGCCCCCCGCCAGCGUACAGCGAGGUGAUGGGUCACUACCCCGGCUCAGCGUUCUUUCUACACCAGCACAGCAAUAACCAGAGGGUGGGGGGGCCAGGAAGCAGGACGAUCCAGCAGCAGAGCCAAUCAGAAAGCACAAUAGUACCUGCCAAGGCCAAGGACGGCCAACCGGAGGACCUGGUGUGAAGAAAAGGGUCGGAGGGCAGGUGGGGCCGCCCACCCCAGACUGGAAACUGUCUCUCCUCUUCACCCCUGAUCACCUGUAAGCAGUGGUCUCUCUAUCGCUCUCUCUCUUUCUCUCUGUCUCUCUCAUGUCCUCUCUCCACACUCCCAUGCACAAAUAAAUAUCAACCUUAGCUACAACAAAACAAGGAAACAGAGAAGCAAGAGUUGAUUUCCUUUGAGUUUCUUUCCGAUGUUAGUAAUUCAAACAGCUAGCACUGCUGGGGCAGGAUGUAUGCACUGCGUGGAGAGAUUUUUUUCCCUCUACAUGAGAAAGAAACAUACUGCUAGCACAGAUUGAAACUAUUUGCUUUUCGUCCCCCCGGGUGACGACUCUGUCCCCGGGAAGUGAGGAUGAAGUUUUUCUUUUAGGUUUCAUUUUCGGACCGGGAUCUGUGCACAAAGCGAGAACUGAGAAUCAAGGACUAACGGAGAACACAACAAAACAAGAGACUCACAAACCCAAAUCUUAGUGCCAAGGUUCACGAGGAAGCAAAGCAAAGGGGGGGAAUGACUUGUUCUAACAUUCACAACACAAAAAAGAAACGUUAUCUAAAAGUUGCACUAUCUUUUUGUUGUAAAAGAGAAGAGGGAAAUUAUGCUAUGUGAUGAUAAUAAUGAUGCUGAUGUGUUUGUUUUUCUUUCUUUAUUUUUGUCCUUUUCAUGAAUGGACUGACUGACCGGACUUUGGCUCCAAAGUUAUUUAAACAGUUGGGAGCAAAAAAAAAAAACAAGUAUUAUAAGCUUAUGUCCUUCCUCUUUUGAAAACCGCAAGAAAUACUCGUACCCAGCCUACAACAUCUCUGUCUGCUUACAACACAGGCACAGCGAGACUUAGUAAGAAAAUAACCUUGCUCACGUCUGUGUACACUUCAGCCUAGUGGGGAAGAAAUCUGCCUCAUGACCAGCCGCCGGGUGGACGAAACAUUUCUCACAUUCUCUGUUUUGUUUUGUUUUUUUGUUGUCGUUACAAUAUUUGGAGGUGGCUUUCCCAAACCUGAGUAGUUCCUAAACUCUUACAAAGAUGUGAGCUGCUCGGCAAGAUCCGACAUGCUCCGUACCAACGUUUCUGGGAAAUCUGGCCAGAAUAUCAAGUUAACCACUGACUCAGACUCCAUAACAAGAAAAACAUAUCUGAUCGUCCACCCAGCGGCCUGGUCGCGGCAGAUUCUUCAUUUUUCAAUUCUGUCCCAACCUCUGAGCACCUGACACUUCCUCUUUCCUGUUUCCUGCGUCCAUACCCAUUCCCCCCUCCCUCCCCCCACCGCUCAUCUCGACAUGCACAGUGCAUUCUGCCAACAGCCACACUGAACACGAACCCCGUCGCCAUGACAACGAAAACAAAAAACAACAACAAAAAGAAGAAGGCUCGGCUCUCCGUCUUCACGUCUCUAAAGCCACAAAAACAAACCAAGACGACACAAAGUGAUGAUUCCUGUCUGCGUCCGCCAGCACAGCGAUCAGGUUUUAAACGGAAACUGUCUGUGGUGGAAGUCAAAGGGCUAUGGGAGGGUCCUUUUUGUAAAAGAAAACCUUUUUGAAAAUCGAGCCUUUUUCUCUGCUCAUCGUUGCCUUCUCCUCUGCUCUUGCGCUUUCUCUGUCUCUCUAUCUUGUUUGCGUUCAACGCCAGUGCCCCCCUUUCUCUACCCCCCCCCCCCCCCCCCCCCCCCCCCCCCCCCCCCCCCCAUCCCAGCUUUUUAACAGUGUCUCUGGUAAACACUGUUCAUCAUCCCCUCCUCCAUCUGUGUGCAGAAAAAGUGCGUUCAAAUGAUGCAGAGUCCGCCAAGCCCUUUAAAGUGGAGACUGGAGUGGAGCCCUUGUUUGGCAGUGUGCUAGUGCAGUCCUCUCCUCCCUGUGUGUGUGUGUGUGUGUGUGCGUGCGCGUGCAUGCGUGUGCCUGUGCGUGUGUGUGUGCGUGCGUAUGCCUGUGUGUGUGUGUUGGUUAGACCUUUUAACAACACAGAAAAGCACUUAAUGCUCCUGCAGGAGCAUUGUGUGUGUGUGUGUGUGUGUGUGUGUGUGUGUGCACGUUUGUGUGAAUGUCUGUGUUUAUCUGAGUGAUUUAUUAGCCAACUGCUUUGUCUGAGUUUAGAGAUUCAAGGACAUACUGUAUUACUUACUUGGCACUGUCCAUAUUAACACAUCAUUAAUUAAGCUUUCAUUAAAUCCAGAGAUGCGUGAUGGUUAUUAUCAUGGUGUAGACACUGAAAGAAGGUGCAUGCCACAGUCCACCCCACAGGUCCCAUUAAAGCUGCACAAGGACAACUCCACCUUUCUUGAUAAUAGUGAGACAAUGUGUCCCAGUUUCAUAUUACAUACUGAUUCGCAGAGGGUGCAGAGUAUGUAGUGUGUUCAUGCUAAAUAAGUCUAGAAAUGGGAGGAUACUCAGAAAAGUGCACGCUGGCUGUGGAGUGUAGAUGGACACUUUUGUCCCUCACUGCAAUGCACAAAGGAAAUAGAGGAGCUGCUCGCUGCUGCAAAAUAUUAAACCAAAUAGUUGAUGGUGGUGAGACAGGGAAGGAGAGGGAGAUCUGAGCAAAUAGAAUAUUAAGCUCUAAAUCUUUGAAAAACAAUUUUGCUUUCUCUUUGAGGAGAUUAAAGGAUAAGGCUGGUGUUAUUCUAUAUUUUUCUUAUUGUCAACAUAUCUAGUGUGUUCCAGCACUGUACUGUCUCUCUUGAUACUUUCAGACCUCCCUACCUCAGCCCAAGCCCACUGGUUCCUGCUGAAGACAGAAAUCUUUCUAAACAGCUCGAAGUUAUAUGGUUUGACAGAAACUUCUUAACUCGUCAUCCACUUGCUUGUAUUUUCCUGAAGCUCACACUGUCGUAACAACUGAGCUUAGAGGAAACCAUUUGCUAUGGAAGACCAUGGUAUGUGGUUGAAAGCUCUGGAAAAGGUAGUAAGUGGAUGUUGAGUAUUUUCUCAAACCACUGUUCCAAAUGUGAAGAACAAACUGUCAGGAUAGCGAAAAGGUGGGUUUAGUUUUUAAGAAAUACUCAGCAAUGUUCAGUAUAUGUUAGUAUAUAUUAUGGAAUUGGGACACAGAUACCUUUUAUGCUCUAAUUAAAUCGUUUGGCUCAUGAACUCUGCAGACUUAUAUCGCUCACAUGUUUAAACAUCCAGUCGUCCUCUGCUAGUUGCAGAGAGUGAAGUUGCUUAAUGCAGCAUUAAUGAGUAUUUGAAGGCAUCAUGUGAUACUACUGCAGCAGAGAGGUCUGAGCUGAGCUGAGUCCCAGCUGCAACAUCAAACUGAGCACCUGGAAAUGUUCCUGUAGAUGAACGAACUAAGCGAACAGUCUCCGCCGUGUGCACAGAGAGCUCACGUCUGACUUUAACAGCAUUCAGAUGUCACGAUGAUAAGAGAGGAAGAGUUUUCUGGUCAGUUUGAAGCAUCAGUGUGUGUGAAUGUAUGCAUGUGUCCCAGCUGUGUGUUUGUGUGUGUCCAUUUGGCGCUACUGUUGUGUGUGUGUGUGUGUGUGUGUGUGUGUGUGUGUGUGUGUGUGUGUGUGUGUGUGUGUGUGUGUGUGUGUGUGUGUGUGUGUGUGUGUGUUACUACAUCGCUGCUGCUAUUGCUGUUGCUGCUACUAUUGUUGCUACUGCUGCUUCUCAUGCCCCACCCCCACCCUCCCAGUGCUCUGUCCUUCUGUCCACCCUGUCCCCUCAACUCAUGCAAAACUAGAAGGAGAGAAAUCUGACCCUCUGCAGUCAAAAGCACAAGUAUCGAGACAAAACUCAGUCUUGUUUCCCACAAGACCCAUAUUAACGCAUCUUCAUUUUGUUACACAGAAACCUGGGGGAGCCCGUAGUGAAAGGUUGUCCGAACACUUCUGCCUUUGACUGUAUGGACCUGCUUCAAACCCACAUUUCUUUCCUCUUUUUCUUCCUUUCUGUUUUUUUUCUCGCCUUGUUCUGUCUGCACAGUCAUAGCUUGUAAAUCGAGGAUAUAAAGAUGAAUUUUAUGUUUUCUACAAGGAGGUUUGCAUGUUACUAUUAUGUGAGUAAAUAAGGUGCCUAAUGUUCAUGUUUGAGCAGACCACACCUCAGUCAAACUGCGGCUUGGAAUCUUUGCAGGUGCUUUAUCUGGGACUCGACCUGCUGUCUGGCAGAGUGGAACAGACAGAUGACAGGACAGGGUAGCCAGGUUUGCCAAAAAUGAUCAUUUCUUUUUCUUUUUCGUAAAGUCAUGGACCCAUGUUACAGUGGUGAGUCUGAUCUGGGUUUCUCAUUCAGCUCUUGAGCUCCUGUGUGAUUACAGACUGAAUGUGAUCCUGCAGUGAAGUGGACAAAAACCACAUUAAGUUGAAGGUCCACAUGAAACUAUACAUUUGGCGACCACAGGACCAGCAGUGUAGCAAAACACCAGCUGCCUCUCCGAGCUGCAGCUCAGCCAUGACCGUUUUUAGCUCUGAGGCACGCUCGCUGACCGGCGCGCCGGCGUCGGCGAGCGUGCUCACCGGCCUGCUCGCUUCCAUUAUGCCAGACAGGAGCAGUCGCUCCCAGCGAAGCAACUGAAGCCAUUUCAACCAGUAAUUUGACCAGCGUGUGGAGCAGACAUAGGAACCCACUUGCACUCAAAAAGCUCCCACCUUCGUUGUGCCUCACUUCCAACGGUGCUUUUUUCAGUAGUCUGUCUUUCUUUAUGUUUGUUUGUAAGGUGCUGUAUAUAACUUGAAUAUAUUAUGCACAUAUCCUACCCAAUGGGUAGAAACCACAAAAAAAUGUUGUGAAUAAUGUAAUAUAAUGUAUAGACAAUAUAAGAAUUUUAAGAAGGCAGCAUCAAAUUUGUAAAUGCCUACAGUUAAAAACGUGCUUUGUCUUUUUUUUAUGAGAAAACAUGGUUUGCAAAGUAUGCUUAGAAAAUGGUUGCAACACAAAUACAAAUUACUACUUAUAAUAUUUUGCUAUAAAUAAUAGUCUGUUAUGAUAAGGAUGAGGAAGUUGUUGAGAAAGGAUAUUAUUCACUUGUUUAUUGGAUCAUCUAAAAACAAGCUUUCACAGUGGUUGCCGGCAUUUGGGUACUGGCUGGUGGUUUUCUUUUCACCGGACAGAUGUAUAGCUCUAUUAGACCGAUCUUUGAAGAAACCAGAAAUCUCACACGCAUCAGUUGGUGUUAAUGCAACAACUUCAGCCGAGUCCCAGUUGAAUUUACACUCGCUUUGUAAAUUGUCGGUCAAAAAGCCGAAGCUUUCUAGUUCGGGAGACGCGACACGCGACCACUGCACACGAGAGCCGUCAGCACUUCCAAAUAAGGGAGAUUAUGUGUCUGUUCUCAUAGAUCUUAAUCUUUUCGUUCAUUUCAGCUGUAAUUUUGUAUAUCUGCCAAAGUCUAAGUCUGUGGAGCACACUCAGCACUGCUAUAGAUCUGGCUGGAUGCUGGGCUCUGGUUAAAGCAUUUCAGCUCUGUUACAGGAGGAUCACUGACUUUUGAUCACAUUAAUGUUGAACAGGAAAAAUGCUCAUUCCCUUUUUGGUCAAGAUUGGAAAGUUGCACCAGCGUGAAACGAGUGAAAAAUGCCGUUAAAACUGUCAUUUAACUUUUCUCUCUUUAUUAUUCUAAUUUUUUUGGUUUGUUUUCUACAUUACAAUGUUAUAUGUGGCACAGUAUAUUGAAACAAAAGUCAUGUUUAAUCUGCAGUCAUUUAUUUACAGUAUGUACUGAAAAUAACUCAUAACACUGUACAAUAACCGCAGAGCAUGUUCAUUCUUAUCUAUAGACGAUGUACAUAGCAGCGCGCCAUUUCCUCUUCAAAGCACCAAAUAAGUGGCAGUUGUGUAGUUUUAAUUUGGAAAAGUCUCUAUUGUAACUUUGGCUGGAGCGCCGCUCGGCUCUCCCUCUUCUUAUUAGACCUUUUGUUUUUUCGUUUCCUGCACUAGCUUGAAGAACUAACUUGGGCUCAGACUGAUUUUUAUUUCAUUUCUGCCCCCGCAGCGCGCUCCCUCUUUCCACUUAUCAGAAGUCUGUACUCAACUGCUGACAACAAGUAGCUGUUUUUAUCGUUCCAGAUUUUAAUAAUAAUUAUGAUAAUAAUAACAAUGAUAACGUCUCAACAGUUUGGUAUUCUCUCUGUCUUGACAGUUACCAUAGGACUGCUUCCAUCAUGGGUUUUGUAACAUCGGUUUGCUUUAUUUACAAAAUGAAUCCUUCUCGUUCCCCCCUCCCCCCUCUGUGCUGAAAUCUAGAUAUAUAUAUGACUGUACCCAGUAACCGUACAGUAUAUAUAUAUCCAAACCACAGAGGUAAAAUUGUUGUGUAUUUUUGCCUCUUUUUAUUUAAGCAAUUGUGAUGUAAUAGGUUUUAGGCCUAAGGUCUGUUAUUGCAAUACUUUUACAGAAAAGAAGAAAAAAAUCAAAAAAUGUUGCUUAAGUGCUGUUGUAGUCAAAGAUUUUAUGCUUGUACUUAUGCUGUAGUCAAACUGCAGCGUAAUGAAUAAA